AUGCAAUCCAAAUUACUUGUUCUCCUUGCAGCUGUUGCUGCCACUCAGGCUGCGGCUGUUCCUGAGCCUAGCCCGACCCUCGGCGCCGGGCCGGAACUUCCAUUUGGCUUCGUCAGCGCCAAGGGUGGUGCUCUCGAUCUUCCUGCCCCCGACCCUACUGCCAAGCCCGACCCUGCCGCUGCUGCUGGUAAGGCCUGGGCUGGCACCAUGACCAUCACGUUUGCGAACCACGAUAGUGGAGAAAUCCGAGUCGCUCAUCGCCAGGGCUCAGGCUCUCCUUCUCCUCUCAACCCCUUCGUUAGGGACGCUCAUAUCAAAGCUGGGGGACAGGAAGUUGUUCGAUACCCUGCCGGCUACCAUGGUGCAGCGUUCUUGAACAAGGCCAACCUUGAAAUGACUGGACAAGAUGAGACUGUCAUCGAGAUGUCCUUUCAAAACCAGAACCAGAACCACCCCGUCGGUGACGUUGAUGUCAGCUAUGUUAACGGCUUCUCUCGCGCUGCUAGCUGUGUCUGCAGAGAGAACAAGGUUACUGCCGGCUGUUCUAAGAAUCUGUGGAAGCUCCACCACUGCCCUAACGACAACCACAAGGGAUCUUGCAAGAACCCCAAGCGUCUCGAUGACUUCGCCACUAGUCCCACAGCGUUUUUCUCGCCUUGCAACUACCACGGUGGUGCCUUCACCUUCCCUCGCGCUGACGCCAACACCCUCAACCAGCGCUGCCCCUCCGAGAACUAUUGGUGCUGCAUUGGAACCUCUGCUGAGUGCGCCAAGCUCAAUAGCAACCCGCGCAAGUGA